AUGUUUGGCCUGAAUACAACAGAGGUCAGGCAAUUGGCAUUUGAAUUAACUGAAAGGAAGAAGUUACCCCACAGAUUUAACAGGAUUAAGAAAAAGGCUGGCUGGGAUUGGCUUGUGGGCUUUAGGGGGCGCAAUCUUGACAUUUCACUCAGAACACCGGAACCAACUUCAGCGGCUCGUACACAGGGUUUCAAUAAGCCACAAGUUGAAAAAAAUUUCAAUUUAUUGGAACAUACAGUAGCGGAACAUAACAUAACCUUUUACCGUAUCUACAAUGUUGAUGAGUCUGCGCUUUCUACGGUUCAACGUCCGCAAAAAAUUAUGGCCACAAAGGGAAGAAAGCAGGUUGGUGCCAUUACAAGUGCAGAACGGGGGGCACACACUUCUGUAGUUUGUGCUAUGAAUCCAAUAGGUAAUUUUGUGCCACCGGCUCUGAUUUUUUCUCGAAAAAAAUGGAAGCCACAGUUAAUUGAUGACACACCAGCUGGGAUAUUGGGCUUGUGUCAAGAAUCGGGCUGGAUGACAGAUGACCUAUUUUGUAAGUGGCUGAAACAUUUUAUAAAGUUUACACAUUCAUCUCAAAAUAACAAAACCCUCUUACUGCUUGAUGGUCACGUUAGCCACAAACAAUUGGAAGUUAUUACGUUGGCUAAAGAAAAUGGUUUCCUAAUGAUUUGCUUUCAUCCGCACUGCACACACCGAUUACAACCCCUGGAUGUAUCAUUUUUUGGUCCUCUAUCUGCCUAUUAUAAUCAAGCGAUUACAAAGUGGCUCAAGAAUAAUCCAGGUCGCACUGUAUCUCCUUUUCAAGUAGGAAAGCUAUUUUCUGAAGCCUAUGAACGCAGUGCAACUAUGGAAAAUGCCGUUAGUGGGUUCAGGAAAACAGGAAUCCAUCCGUUUAACGCCAAUGUUUUUCCCGACUGGAUGUUCGCUGCGUCAUUAACAACCACCAUCCCUGAACAAAAUGAUCCCGAAUUACAAACAUGA